AUGCCUCCCGUCGCACGGUCAGAAGAAGAGGAAGCCGACUUCAUGACACAACUGCUUGCUGAAAGCGAGGGCUCUCAUUCUUCUGCGGAUACUGUAAGAACAUCUCGGACGACGCAAAACUCUCAACCUCCGAGGACACCUCCAAGAUCACGAGAUAUUUUCGCGACUCAUACAUCUCGCAUCUUGGCUACCCCCCAAACACCCGCUAGAACAUACUCUGCUCAAGACGUCGAUGUUGAUCAGCUACUUGCGGGUGCGGAGGACUGGGACUGGGACGAUAUGAACUCUGAUUGCUUAUCUCCGAAGAAAAAUAAGUCGCCAAAGAAAGUGCGGCCGGCAAUUCACGCUCCUCCUAAACAUGACCUUCGAAAGUGCAUACGAUGUAGUGUUAAACAUGUGACCGACAUGUAUGACGAUAGUAGCUAUCAGAAGGACUUGGUGGUCGAGGUUAUACCGGGACACGAAUGUCGGCGUGUUAUCCUACGUGACGGCUGGAUAACUGCGGAUGUACGUCCAGGCGAUAUCGUUAAUAUAAUUGGCGAUUUUUCGGUACCGCUCUUCACUUCUGAUUCCAUGAACAUGCCAUCAAUAUCAAUCAGCUCCAAAUCAAAUUUUUUCAUUCAUCACCCCGACCUACUAAUCACGGCUACCGCGCUCUCGUCGGCUCCUCAGUGUCUGCGCAAGCCACUAAUAUCAAAUCUUGUUCGCGGGUCGGUGGACGUUACCCCCUCACUCGUAUGGGGCACCAUGUUGCAUGAAGUGAUGCAGACUUGCUUAUCUGAAGGUUGUUGGGACGAAAAAUUCGUCGAGGCUAGAAUUACCGAUGAAGUGGGCAGGGGCCUCUCAGAACUGAUGCGAAUCAAUACGAGUGUGGAACAGGCCACAAUAGAAAUGAAAGCGCGCGCGAGAGGCAUCAAGUCGUUCGCUGACAAGUACAUUGCUCAGGAACCAAAGUCUGAUGCGAUCUUAACUAACACGCGUGCUGCACAAGGGCAAACGUCACUGCUCGCCAUAUCCAAACUUCACGACAUCGAAGAAGAUAUCUGGUCCCCGACAUAUGGCAUCAAAGGGAAGAUUGACGCGUCCGUCAAUGCAGUAAUAUCCGAAGUUGAAGAGGGGGUGGGCUUCUUCAAGGGACCUGCAAAGACUACCACUCAAAAUUGGACAAUGCCCUUUGAAAUUAAAACCGGGCGUGCCGGUGCUGGUAUGGAGCACCGUGCACAGACCAUGUUGUACACUUUGCUUAUGGCGGAGCGAUACGGGUCAGAAGUGCCCAGCGGGCUGCUUUACUACACGAGGAGUGAUGAAGUCGUCCGAGUUCCCGCGGCUAGGAAUGAGAUACAUUCUCUGCUUGUGGCUCGUAAUGAGCUGGCUGGCUAUAUGAUGCGACGUAUGGGUAUUCCAAGGCCACUUGACAGAUCGUUACACGACGAAGAUAUUGGGGGCGGAGGCGAUGAUCCCGAGCCGCAUGACAUAGAAUCGUUUUUGCCUCCGACAAUUGACGACUCGUGGCAAUGUGGCAGAUGUUAUGCGCUGGAUACCUGCAUGUUAUAUCGUAAGGCCGCUGAAGAGGUAGUGGACACAACGUCUCCGAUAGCCGACAUUUAUGCACUGAAGACUUCCCAUAUAACUCGGGAACAAGGCGCUUUCUUCAAGAAGUGGGAAGCUUUGAUCGCUCUUGAGGAGCAAGAUCUGAUCCGUUUCAAGAAGGAAUUGUGGACCAUGGGUGCUCGAGAGCGAGAGAUGCAUGGUCGCUGUUUCAGUGACAUGAUCCUCGACGUUUCAUAUUUCCCCGUUCUAGACAGUCGCGAAGCUGCUCAACACGGGGCCAGGAUACACCGUUUUACGUAUCGCUUUACGAAGAGCUCCAAGGUAGAGGUGUCAUUGUUGAAUGGGCAUAUGAGCUUCGGGGACGCCAUAACCGUCUCUGUCGAACCCGACUUGCUUGCGCUGGCCAGAGGUUUCAUCAUUGGGCUCACUCCACAGGAGUUGGUAGUGGGCGUAGACCACGAGCUCGAUCUGCAAGCAAUUUUGGAGCGCAAAGGUGGGCUGUCGUCUGAGGUGAUUUUUCGCAUUGACAAAGACGAGCUCGCUACCGGGAUGGGCCGUAUUCGCGAGAACAUCGCCCACAUGUUUUACGCUGAUGGUGACUCACGCCGCCUUUCGCUGGUUGUGGAUCUGACUCCUCCGCAAUUUGACGAAAUUGGCGAUUUUGACACCGCGACACCGCCUUUGUCAAAGCUGAGCGGCCUGAACUCAAGCCAACGAAUUGCAGUGUCAAAGGUACUGAGUGCUCAAGACUACGCUCUUAUACUAGGAAUGCCAGGAACCGGCAAGACUACUGUCAUUGCAGCUAUAAUCCACGAGCUGGUCAGCAUGGGUAAGACGGUGUUGCUUGCUUCGUAUACACACUCCGCUGUAGACAACGUCUUGCUCAAACUUAAACACACCGCGGAUUUCGGUAUCUUGCGUGUUGGAAAUCUAGACAAGAUUCAUCCAGAUGCUUUCGAGUUUACGUUGGCGAGUAGAAGAGCGGCGACCAAUAUAGAACAGCUCGAGCAGCAAGUAAUGACACCGCCUGUGAUUGCAACAACGUGUCUGUCCCUCGACCAUCCUUUGUUCUCCCGUCGCAAGUUUGACUAUUGCAUAGUGGACGAGGCUUCCCAGAUUACUUUGCCCACAUGUCUUGGGCCUCUGCGCUUUGCAGACAAGUUCGUCCUCGUCGGCGACCACUUCCAACUACCGCCAUUGGUACGAAAUCGCGCGGCGCGGAGGGGGGGACUCGAUAUCUCGCUCUUCAGGCGUCUCUCGGAUGCGCAUCCGCAUGCAGUCGUAGAUCUCACAGAGCAAUAUAGAAUGAACGAAGACAUCAUGCUGCUCUCCAACAAGCUCAUCUAUAGCGGUCGGCUGCACUGUGGCUCGGAUGAAGUAGCGAAGCGCACCCUGACCCUGCCCAAUCGUGCCUUCCUUCAGAGCCUCCAUGCAACUCGUCAAUCUAGGUGCAAAGUGGUUUUCGUCGAUACAGAUGCCGUUCCCGCACACGACUCCCCCGUCGGCGAUCUUGUCGAGAAUCGCAUUGAGGCCCAACUAUUGCAUCAGGUCGCCGAGUCCCUCAUUCGUAGCGGCGUCCGGCAGGACCAGAUCGGCGUGCUCUCGCUCUACCGGCAACAAAUCAAGCUUCUGUCUUAUUACUUGCAGGACAGGAAAGAGGUUGAGGUUCUGACUGCAGACCGUAGUCAAGGUCGCGACAAGGACUGCAUUCUGAUCUCGAUGGUGCGGUCCAAUGCCGAAGGCCAGGUAGGCGAUCUGGUAAAAGAUUGGCGUAGGAUGAACGUAUCCUUCACACGUGCUCGGUCAAAGCUCAUUAUAUUUGGCUCUCGAUCGACGCUGCAAGGCACCUCACUACUCAAAGAAUUCUUUGAGCUUAUGGAGAGCAAGGGGUGGAUUCUCCGUUUGCCAGCGAACGCGCACGAGAUGCAUAUCUUGCCCGCCUGUGGAGAUUUUUCCAAAAAGCGACCAGCUGAAGAUGAUAGCUAUGAUAGCAAGGACACCGAUCAUGAGCGGAAGAGAGGCCGCAGGAUCAUUACGGUGGAUUGCGGGUUGUUGAAGGGCAGACCAAUUUUGAAAGAUCUUGCGAACGCCGUUGAGUGA